GUACAUCAUAGCAUCCCAUCCGCCCUUCUCCACCACCUUCACCUGUCGAUCUCUGCCGCCUCCUAGGCACUGUGUUGGCCUCUCCAUCGAUCGAUUGCUGGUCUCCUCGCACGCUCCCCUUCCUUUGACGGUUGGUGGAAGACGCUGCAGUCCCAAACCCUAACCUUGCGCCAGAUAAAUUUUUCGGGGAAGAACCUUACAAUGGGCUGUAGGAUACAAAUUGGAGACUACAGAAUACAGAUUAUAGAACUUAUUCAUUAAUUAAAAAAGGCCAACAAAUUCGUUUUCUGCCGCACUUUAGUCUCAGCAAGAAAUUUACAUCGUCAUCUUCAGCACCUUUGUCGUCCACCAAGGUCAAGAAUCAAGGCAACGAUUGUUUCAUUAUUACUGUUCGUUUGUCAGAGGGCAGCGAAAAUGGUAGCUUUGGAAUUGAAACCUAGGGUUCCAGCAAAGGUUGAUGGGGUUGCACUUGAUCCACAGCCUGAUUGGAGCUUUGAUGCUCUAUUGCUGGAGCUCAAAUCAAUUGAAAGGAGGGUUGCCGCAUCUCCAAAAUUUCCAGCAUAUACCAAAACACAUUCUCGGCAUCUUUCUGCUUCAAAGAACCGUGUGGGGCGUGGUUUUGUGAUGCAGGUGGAAGAUACUGUAAGUGAUAGUGAAGAUGAGGUUUCUGAACAGUCUGUCACUGCAGGCAGGCACUUUACCCAUGGUGAAAUUUAUGUCAGUGAUACUGAUUUUUUCGAAGAUGAGGCAGCUCUUGAAGUUGAGCAACAUCUAAUGGAUAAAGUUGGGUGGGUGGAAGGGACUUUGUCUGAGCUAAUUCAUGACCAUCAUCGUAGCAUUAUGGAGGAAGUGAGAAACAAAGUAUUAGAGUUAGAAACAGAUCAGAUGGUUGAGCAACAUAUCUUUUCAUCUAAACUUCAAUUAAUUGAGAAGUAUGCUGAAACACUACGGGAAAUGGAUCGAAGACUUGGCAUGCAAUAUCAGCGCAAAAUUGCAGAAGCACUUGAUGAUCACUUGAUAGCUGUACAAAGGGAUCAUGAACAUAGAUCCCAAAUAGAAGAAAGGAGAAUACGAGAUGAUGCAGCCCAUGAAGAGGCCAAAAGGAGAGAAAAGGAUCUUAAGGAACAGCAAGCUGCACUAGAAAAAAAUAGAGCAGAGGCAGUGAUGAAGGCAGAUGCUGAGAGAAUGGAAAAGCUAAAAGUUGCGGAAAAGCUAAAAGUUGCAGAACUGGUGGCUCAGAGAAAAACAGCUGAGGUUGCCCAGAAGAAUGACUCUGAGAUCAAUACGGAUAUUGCCAAUGAUGCUUACAAGGAUGCAAACAAGGACUCAAGGAAGGCAGUGGAAUUUCGACCAGAUGUGCAUAAUCCAUUACAAUCAACAGGAGAUAUUAUAAAAGGUGCAAAAAAUGCUUUGAAUUUAGAGGAGAAAAGAUUGAUGGCGUAUAAGGAAUUAACUGCAAAGAAUGAAGCAUUGGGGUUAGGCACCACAAAGGAAUAUGAUACGCAUCUAAAAGCCAUGAGAAGGAAUAUCAAAACCAUCUCUUGUUUGGAAGAAAAUGUUAGGGUCAGAGCAGAUGUAUUAAUUAGAUUAAUAAGUUAUUCACGAUGGCCUCAAUCCAUAAGCAUUGCAAUGUUUGCAGAACAGAUUAUCUUCUCAUUUGUGACGUGUUUUGGAGGUUCUAAUGGUCUUCAUUACGCAUAUGGUCGUGCGAUUGUUCUUGUAACAUCUCAGGUCCCAGGUGCUAUGGAUAUUGUCAUUUCUGAACUGAACAAAGUUUGUAUAUAUACUGUUCCAAAGUAUAUAGAGUACUCUACGUCAGUCUUCAAGACCAAAGAAGCUUACUGUAGAGCUAUUGGCUUUCAAGAAGAUGGAAAGUUUGAAUCUGAUAAUAGUUAUUUAAGUCGAUUACAUGCCUACAUGAAACUAUAUGGAGCUAUUGUUCAGACUGAAGUUGAAGGCUUCCAAAACUUGCAUGGGCAUCAAGAAGGCUGGGCAUGGUUGGCCAGAUUCUUAAAUACAAUCCCUGCAAACUUGUACACUGCUGCUGCCUUAAUUGCCUUUCUUGAAGCGGCUGGUUUUGUGCUAUAUAGAAAGUACAAGCGUCAUUUUGAGAAGCUUAUGAACAUUAUCGCCAGAGACUUCAUGAAAGCAUUGGACGGUAAACAGUCAAGCGGAGUGAUCUCUGAGCUCCGUACCUACAUAGAGUCAAAGAAAUAUCUGAGUGAGCCUAAAGGGUGGCGUCUAAGUGAUCAUUGCCAAUCACAGGUUUCUUCUGUUUUUUAGAUUUGGAGCAGCCACAGCUGUAUGGUAGAUGGUUAUUUAGACAUUCUUCAGACUCUACUUCAAGUUGGCAUUCUUUCAAAGCAUGCAUCACAUUUGAAGUUCCAAGAUAUGUGUUUAAUACUUCAAGAUUCAUCAAGGCUCAUGACCAAUUUUCUGAAUUUUUGCAGAUGUGUUUAUGCCUGUAAUUUCUGUGUAUACAGAUUCAGACCUGUUCUUUGUUGUAUACAUGCAUAACAAAAAGUUGCACAAUUCUUACAUUAUUCUAAUUAGAUUCAAUACAGAUACUUCCGGAUU